GCCCCUCGUGAGCCAGCUUUUGAAUGUCACCGCCAUUACGUUGGAGGCAGAGGCUGCUGGCGAGGAAGGAGGUAAAGGCCUAGAGCUCUUAAGUGAAGUGCUGGAGAAGGCAGAAUUGGAGGUGAGGGAUAUGGAGGCGGAUCUCUCCGCCAAAGAGAUGCUCUUGGUGCUUGGGAAAGUUGUCUACGGCGCGGAGCAAUGGGCAACUCUGGAUACCAAAAUCAAGAACCUACACCCAGUUGGGCAGCCGGCCGAAUACAAGAGGUGGGUCCUCAAAGGCUUCCAAAACCUGGCGGAGAAGAAGAAAGAGCAGGAAGCCAAAAAGCUGGAGACCAAGAAGAUACAUGCCCGGCUUGAUUCAGAUUAUGAGGAUAUGCUGGAGCAGUUCAGCGACGAGGAAGACGAUUGGACACCGACUGUUACAGAUGCCGUCACGGGAGCUGACACCGCUGGUGCGACCGACACCGUUGGUGCAGCUGCAACCAAGUAG